AUGUCCACCCCCUUCCAUCGCCGUCCUUUCCCCGACUACUUCCUCUCAUCACCACUAGCAACUCUCAUCUAUCCUCUCCAUCAACUCCUCAACCACCUCCGCGGUCCUCCUCACCUCCCACCCCCAAACGCCCGUCCCAUCCGCGUCGUCUGCAUCUCCGACACCCACACCCUCGAAUACCCCGACAUCCCCGACGGCGAUCUCCUCAUCCACGCCGGCGACCUCUGCAACGAUGGCAGCGCCCGCGAAAUCCAAGCCGCCGUGAACUGGCUGCGCAGUCUCCCUCACCCGCAUAAAGUCGUCAUCUGCGGCAACCACGACAGCUACUUCGACCCGCGAUCGCGUCUCCCCGAAGACCGCAACGAUGCCUCACCUCAAAACACCUCAUCCUCCACAUACGCCACCAUCUCCUCCUCAACCGCCUCCCUCCGCUCCCUAGACGACUACCUAGCCGACGACCCUCAUCCCCGCAUCGACUGGGGCGACAACGACGACAUCCACUACCUCCAACACUCCUCCAUCACCCUCACCUUCCCACCUACCACCUCCACCUCAAGCAUAACAAGCACCACCCCCCUCCGCCCCCGCACCCUAACCAUCUACGGCGCGCCCCAAAUCCCCGCCAUCGUGCCCUUCGGCCCCGAACACGCCUUCACCUACCCCCCACACCACGACGCCUGGUCCAACACCAUCCCCCUCUCCACCGACAUCCUCGUCACCCAUACACCCCCACAAUCACGCCUCGACCUCUCCCCCGUCUACUCCGCCGGCUGUCCGUUCCUCCUCUCCGAGCUCUGGCGCGUACGCCCCGCCCUGCACGUCUUCGGCCACGUGCACGCCGCGUACGGCAUCGAGCGCGUCUUCUACGAUGAGGCCCAGCGCGCGUGGGAGCGACUCUGCGCGUCGAGGAAAUCCCGCGCCCGUCUGUCGAGGUUCAGCUCCCUGUUCGGGUUCCUCCGGGAUCUGUUCGAUCUCUCGGGCUUGGUGGAUUCGGCGAGAGUGGUGAUGUAUGGUGUUUUGGGGGUCGUUUGGGCGAGGGUCUGGGGUGGGGAGAAUAGGGAUGCGGGGUGGGUGGUUAACGCUGCUUGCAUGUAUAGGGAUUCUGGGGUGUUGAGGAAUAAGCCGCAGGUUGUGGUUUUGUAG